AUGAAGUCCGCCGUGACCAGGUUGCCCGACGGCCAUGGCAGCGUCUACAAAGAGGUGCGCUUUUCGCCAACUGCAACGCCGGUCCGCCGGGCGCAAUCCGUUUCUGGAAGCAACCCCUCCACAAGUGUCAGAUACCAACAACGGAGGAACCCACUGGACCCCCAAGUCAUGAGCUUUGGCUUAGACACAUCCUAUAUUGAACAAUCGCGACAACUCCUCGAGAACCAGCGGGCGAGUUUUGAAACCGAGCGGGCACUGGUGGCCCAAGAACGACAACUGUGGGAGAAGGAACGGGCGCUGUUGCGGGCCAAGAUUGCGGAGCUAGAGUCAUUGUUGAAAUCUCAAGCAGGCCAGUCGAGUCUAUCCCCAGCUCAUCCGCCCCAGCCUGCACUUGGGUCGCCGCAUUCCCAGGCCACCAACGACACCCUCCACUUGGCGCAGGUCUGGGAGGGACCCAGUCCGGGAGGGCGACCGACGAGGGUGUUCCGCGACGAGGGAAUCGCAGACGCUGCUCACCUGUCGCCGAUUAGCGAAGGGGGCACCAGUAGCCCUCCGUCCCUUGAUGCGGCACUUUCACCGCGGACACGGGCGGUAGACGCAUCUGGCGCGACCGUCAGCGUGCCCGUGCCGAUCGAGAAGCUUGACAGCAGACUGGAUGGAAUCACCCUCAAGUCCACUGCCUUGCCUCCUGGAGUUGUUGCCCGAGUGAUCACCCCACCCUCACCGUCGCCCUUGGAGACCACCCAUGGCCCAGCCUCUGCCCCUUCGGGGCCUGCAAGGCCGGACAUGGAACAUCGAAACAGUCUCAAGCUGAAACUGUCAGAAAUUGGCCCGCCCAAUGAGAAUCUCGUGAAGAAUGCUGGCCAUACCCCGAUGGCGAUCAUCGACAUCGAUGACAGCCAGCGAACCACGCAAGAUGCUUCUCCCACCGAGAUGCCCCCGUGCGAGGAGGAGGAGGCCCCUCUUGCGCCCGUGGUCACCCAAAUCCACCAACCGACCGAACACGCGGAGUCCUAUUUUCCCGACGUUCCCGAUGAUCCUACCCUCAAGGGGCCCCUUGGCCUGACGAAUGAUGAACAGCACGACAGCAGUUUCCUGAACGAACUUGAUCUGCGGCUUCUGGACCAGGCCAAGCGCAUCCUGUCCACCUCGGCUGCAUCAGUUGAUCCCGAUGAGAUUGAUGCAGCGAAGGCUCGUCCGAACGAACAGGAACCAGAAUUCAAAUUCAAGAAUUCCACCAAUUUUGGCACGGCGUUUGGACGAUCGAACUGCGGGAAAUUUUGA